AUGACUCAGGAAUUUGCUGCUUUGCAUGAUAAUAACACUUGGUCCCUUAUUCCUUUGCCUAUUGGUAAGAAAGCUAUUGGUUAUAGAUGGGUAUAUCAAAUCAAACACAAGACAGGUGGUAGUGUGGAAAGAUACAAAGCAAGGCUAGUGGUUAAAGGGUAUACUCAGCACCUUGGCAUAUAUUAUACAGAAACAUUCUCACCAGUUGUUAAAAUGACAACUGUAAGAGCUUUGAUUGCUGUUGCUGCAAAGAAACAGUGGAAUAUAUACCAGCUUGAUGUUAAUAAUGCUUUUCUCCAUGGAGAUCUGCAUGAAGAAGUGUACAUGGAUGUCCCUCCAGGUCUUGCUGUGCCACAUACAGGGCUGGUUUGUAAGCUCAACAAGAAAAUGGGUUCUUCUACUGUUUUUCUAGGUGUCUAUGUAGAUGAUAUUAUACUUACAGGAACUAAUUCUGAAGAAAUUGUCAAUCUCAAAAGUUUUCUCCAUGACCAGUUCAAGAUCAAAGACCUUGGGAGACUGCACUAUUUCUUGGGUUUGGAGAUAUUAUAUAAGGAUGAUGGAGUCAUUAUAUCUCAAAGAAAAUUUGUACAUGACCUUCUGAAGGACUUCAAUUGUGAUAAACUAACUCCCAUGGCUUCUCCCUUAGAUCCUAAUGUUAAGCUUAAGGCUCAUGAAGGCAGACCAUUAAGUGAUCCUACCUUAUAUAGAAAGGUUGUAGGAAAGCUGAAUUUCCUCACUCAUACCAGACUUGAUAUUGCCUAUGGAGUUCAACAUUUGACUCAAUAUAUGCAAGAUCCCAGGGAACCUCAUCUUCGAGCUGCUUUUCACAUGUUGAGGUAUCUCAAAAAUGAUCCCACCUUGGGCAUCUUCAUGUCAUCUUCUCCUGAUUUUGAAGUUCAAGCUUUUUGUGACUCUGACUGGGCAUCAUGCCCUGACUCUAGAAAAUCUGUGAGUGGUUACAUUGUCUUGCUGGGAAGCAGUCCCAUCAACUGGAAAUCUAAGAAACAGGAGACCAUUUCAUUAUCCUUUGCAGAAGCUGAGUACAGAUCAUUACGAAAGGUUGUUGGAGAAUUGGUUUGGCUACAACGAUUAUUCACUGAGUUGACUGUUCCUCCAAUUGGUCCUUUCCAGUAUAUUGUGAUAGUCAGGCUGCCCUUCACAUAG